CACAACCACACCACGUCUUUUCGCGUCCCGAACGUCGUCCCACGAUCCGCUGUGCGUAGAUAACACGAUCCGCUCGAGUCCCUUGCCCGUCCACGCACGCACACACACACGUACCCCGUACAACACACGCGUUUUUCCAAACACAACCUACCGCAAACCGCCAAGAUGCUGUUCACCGACCUCUCUAUCGCCGCGCUCCUCGCCUCGACGGCCGCCGCCGUGCCUUUCGCCGGCCACGACCACUCCCACCGUCACUUGCACCGCAAGCAGAGCAACGGCAACACGUUCAACAUCAACGUCGUCAACAGCUGCUCGAGCUCGCGCUCCGUCGGCCUCUUCCAGAUCACCAGCGCCUUCCAGAUGCUGUCCAUGUCGACGCCCGUCACCCUGCAGCCCGGCGAGAACACGACCGUCGCCGCGCCCUACCAGCUCGCCGGCAUGCGCCUGUCCGGCACCGCCGACCAGGGCACCGCCGCCCAGUGGCUGCCCCAGGCUCUGUUCGAGUUCGGGUACAGCGCGUGGGGCAGCGUCGAGGGCACCGCCUACGACCUCAGCUUGAUGACCGGCACCACCGACGGCAUGUCCGUCGUGCCCGCCAACUCCAACUGCGAGUCCAAGUCCUGCUCCUCGCCCCUCGACUGCCCCGUCUCGCAGGCCUGGACCAACCCCAACCAGGACGCCAUUGGCAGCCCGGCCGACACGACUUGCUACUACGGCCUCACCGACUUUGACGUCGUCUUCUGCCCGUCGUCGUCGUCUUCUUAUUAAGCAAUUGGAGAGGGGGAGGAGAGAGAGAGGGUCAUGAGCUGUUUGGAGAUUUCGGUUCUUGUUUUUGGAUCCUCAUUCUUUUGAUUGUUUGUGUCAACACAUCUUUAUAGGUUUUGAGAUUUUUGGAAUCAAGUCAUCUCAAGUG